GGGCGGGCGGGCGAUCGAUGGCGCGGGGUGCGCGCGGCGGCCUGUGCGCGUGCGCGGGGAGCGCCGAUAGAUCGAUCGGGCUCGGCGCCUCCAUCUUCCCCGGAGCCGAGCGGGAGGCCGCGGGCGCGGACAGACGCGCGGACGGACGCACGGGCAGGGAACUGUCUUCGCCUUCUCCACGAUGUACAGGACCAAAGUGGGCUUGAAGGACCGGCAGCAGCUCUACAAGCUGAUCAUCAGCCAGCUGCUGUAUGAUGGCUACAUCAGCAUCGCCAACGGGCUCAUCAACGAGAUCAAGCCGCAGUCCGUCUGCGCGCCCUCGGAGCAGCUCCUGCACCUCAUCAAGCUCGGAAUGGAGAACGAUGACACCGCGGUUCAGUAUGCCAUCGGUCGCUCCGACACGGUCGCCCCGGGCACCGGGAUCGACCUGGAAUUCGAUGCGGAUGUCCAGACCAUGUCUCCAGAAGCUUCCGAAUACGAGACAUGCUACGUCACCUCCCAUAAGGGCCCCUGCCGCGUCGCCACCUACAGUCGGGACGGCCAGCUGAUCGCCACCGGCUCCGCCGACGCGUCCAUCAAGAUCCUGGACACGGAGAGGAUGCUGGCCAAGAGCGCCAUGCCCAUCGAGGUCAUGAUGAAUGAGACCGCACAACAGAACAUGGAGAACCACCCGGUGAUUCGGACUCUCUAUGACCACGUGGAUGAAGUCACCUGCCUCGCCUUUCACCCAACAGAGCAGAUCCUGGCCUCCGGCUCCCGGGAUUACACGCUGAAGUUGUUUGAUUAUUCCAAGCCGUCCGCCAAGAGGGCCUUCAAGUACAUUCAGGAAGCGGAGAUGUUGCGCUCCAUCUCGUUCCACCCUUCCGGGGACUUCAUCCUGGUGGGGACGCAGCACCCCACCCUGCGGCUGUACGACAUCAACACGUUCCAGUGCUUCGUCUCCUGCAACCCUCAGGACCAGCACACGGACGCCAUCUGCUCCGUGAACUACAACCCCAGCGCCAACAUGUACGUGACCGGCAGCAAGGACGGCUGCAUCAAGUUAUGGGACGGGGUUUCCAACCGCUGCAUCACGACCUUCGAGAAGGCGCACGACGGCGCCGAAGUGUGCUCUGCCAUUUUUUCCAAGAAUUCCAAGUACAUCCUGUCGAGUGGAAAGGACUCUGUGGCCAAGCUCUGGGAGAUCUCCACGGGGCGGACCCUGGUCAGAUACACAGGCGCGGGCCUGAGCGGGCGGCAGGUGCACCGGACGCAGGCGGUGUUCAACCACACGGAGGACUACGUGCUGCUGCCAGACGAGCGCACCAUCAGCCUGUGCUGCUGGGACUCGCGCACGGCCGAGCGCCGCAACCUGCUGUCGCUGGGCCACAACAACAUCGUGCGCUGCAUCGUGCACUCGCCCACCAACCCCGGCUUCAUGACCUGCAGCGACGACUUCCGGGCCCGCUUCUGGUACCGGCGCUCCACCACCGACUAGCCGCGCCCGGGAGCCACGCCGAGACGCCGUGUGGACCGUGGUGUGGAGUCGGGGCGGCAAGGCUGGAGCCGCCAGCCCGCAGGGCCGCGUCCCCCGGCCUGUGGGACAGGACUCGCAGCGACGGAAGGGGCCCGGUGCUCUCCAUGCGCCGCCGUCCCGGCCGGCUCUGAUGACGCGCUGCGGGCGCCUCGUCCUGGUGAUAAAGCGUCAGUCCGAGCCUUGCGCGUCGCCCGUCCUCACUCGGUCAAACCAGCGGCGAUCCCAACCUGCCCGCGCGGUGCGUCCGGGCAGUGGUGGGAAACGGGCCUGGGAACAGCGACCUGUGGGAACCAGACGGACAGACCAACCCAGCUGCUGCCCGCCCUCGAGAAGCCUUCCUGCCCAGUGGCACUUCCUGGGCCGCUUUUCCGUCCGCUCUCCGGUUCCUCCCCACUGGCGCCCUGCACUCGCUGAGGAAGCGCGUGGCGAAUCGACGCGUUUAGGUUUUUGUCAGGAAGCAGCCGGGCAGACUGCCUCUCGCCCUCCAGCAGGCGGCAGGGUUUGGGUGGCGUGGCUGGCGGUGACCCCCCAGCCCCCCACGAGACAAACCAAACAUGGAUACCUCACGGCUAGGCAGGGAACCUAGAAGCGCAGUCUGGGGUCUUUGACUGACGUUCGGAGUCGUUGGGGGAGAAGGUGGAUGGUUUCCUGUUGCGGGAGGGAGUUCUGUUCGUCCGCUCCGGUCCCGCAGGGCCGCCUCAGCGCUCCGGCGUGGAGAGCCGCCUUUCGUGUUCCACUUGUUCAAUCACAGGGUUUUGUUGCACAUUAAAGAGCUGUAUUUUUGGUCCA